GGUGCAGUACGGUGCCAAGACGAUAAGAUAAACAAGAAGAACCUGAAGUGCAGGAUGCACCUGGACUGCAACUCGUGUAGCCAUAUCAAAUUUGACAGGUUGGUGCUGCUGCGCACUUUCUUAGCGAUAUUAUUGGCUGCCAGAUGGUCUCGGGAGACCGAACGACUGGCUGGCAGCAGCUGGAGAGGGCAUCUCGCCUGAUAAUGCUCCUGCAUGUCACACACACACACAUCGAGGAUCCUGAAGCUGAAGCAGGAGCUUCCUGCUGCCGAUCGCGGGCUUGCAUUGCAAAGAGCGAAGUACGGCAGAUACAAGCUUUGAUGUUGCCGUUUCUUGCUGAGCAACAAACGGAAAGCUCAACAAAAAAGGAAAACUUAGUACAGUCAGUAAUUGAGAGCAUCCGUUCCGGAUAGUCUCGACGCUGUUUCACAUGGUGUCUCGAAUCUCCCAGCCAUCUGCGCGGCAAAGUGUAAGGGCCGUAAUUUUUCUCGUUGAGAUGGUGGAGAUGCAGGGAUCAGCUGGCUGGCACCUUCGUCUCGAUCUAUCAAGCUGCUGGCACGUGGUUUAACACGCGUCGAGGACGGCUGAAGCGGCAGUACUGGACGUGUUUUUAUUUAAGUUCUGCAGUUUGCCGGUAGCAUGCUAUCAUAGCGCAGUGAUAGAUGGAGCUGGAAGAAGUUACGCGUUGCUUCUGGAGGCGAGUGCGAGGCGGCAAUUGCACACCGUGCCCUAGGUUAGAGAACAUGCGGGCAGCUUCACCCCAUAAAGUACACUUUCGGCUUGCCGCGAAUAAGUUUAUUUGUGGCAACAUGUAAUCGAACCUGAUUGGUCAGUGAGAACGAUACAGGUUUUGCCAGAAGUAGAUCAGCCCGGCCCGUUUUAUAGCCUUAUCCUCAUGUUUUCUCCUCGUCCCCAAAGCGGGUCGGCCUGUUUGUGGUAAACGGGUCAGCCAAUCCGCGCUUCCUUGUGGCAUGGGUUGAGUCAAGGAGCUCCGUCACCGGGGAGCCAAAACGAAACUGAAUUUCGGCCCGAAGGACGCACUGUGUUGCUGCUUUGGCAGUAAAGCGACUGCGCCCGCCCGCGCGCUCAGUUGCCUACCCCCUAACGAGAGAGGUAAGCGAGCGUUUAGCACCGUGAACGUUGUUGCCGUCGGCGUGUGUGUCUAACCAACACUCGUUGCAACUCAUUGCAGGAGUGACGGCAAGCGCGCCCCUGUCGCUUCAAACACACCAGGGGCAAGGAAAAGGAAAAGAACCCAUCAAACACACAACGUAAGUUUUGCUGCAACUUCCUCUCUCUCUAAAGUUUAAGGUACUCACCUCUAGUCAUUUGCCGUCGUUUAGAGACACACAACACAUAACGAAACUCAAAUGAGCUUCUCCAAGUCGAAUUUGCCGCCCACGUUGCCCGUGUCAAUCAAGAAGGAGAAGGACGGCCUGUCCUCUCUCUCAGCCUCCGUGUCUAUCCCCGGCAGCGCUGGGAGCAUCCCGCGCAAAGACUCCAUCGGCUGGGGCGCUGACGACUUCCUGGGCAUGAUCUCGCACACGCCGCCGGCCUUCUCGCCCGGCAGUCUGACCAUGCCCAUGACGAAGCGCGGGCGCAGCGGCAGCAUCUCCAGCCGGCUGUUAAGUGCGUCGGACCUGGAGGAGCGAGGAUACAUCGACAGGUAUCAGAAGGGGGUGCUUAAGGUAAGUUUUUUUAUGCAUAGGUUAGCACUCUCUGUCCAGGUUAUGAUAGUGUUAACCGUUGCAUUUUGGUGCUGUAGGAUCUUAUAAUCAGCGGAGAUGAAGCUUUGCAGAAAGCGUUAGAGAAAUUCGACGCCGGUGAUCCGACGACACUGGAAGCCAUGCUGGAUAGCGGCGCGUUGAACCGCAAGUCGUCGAGUAUUGACCUGCUGGACGACCUGGAUCUCGGCUUCCUCAACGUUGGGUCACUGGGCGACACUCCGAAAGAUGAGGUAAAGUUUUUGUUGUUGUGUUGCAUACUCACUUUUCCUCACUUAAACAAAAAAACUCUAACGUGUUGCCAUGCAUUCUCUAACCAGUUCCAAUCUGGCGCUCGGAACCAGUCUCUGGAUGAAUGGGACGAACUGGGCUUCGACUCUUCUUUUGCAGACGUAUCUGCCCGUGAUAUUCUAGACGGGGAGUUCUACAGCUCGUCUCUGGGUGCGUCUCUGCCCAAUUCGUUGCCGUCGAUGGGUCUCGGCAUCACUCCACCCGCCGGAUUCAGCUUCGCCGAAGACUUUUUAGAGAAUCAGGUUAAGACGGAGCCCAAGACGGAGAGCAAGAAUGACGCCGCCAAGCCCAGUACCACGACCAGCUCCUCCAUCACUUCAGCUGCAGCUGCUGCCGCGUCGAGUCUGUCGACGUCUCGCCCCAUUGGAAUCCCGGGCUCAGCUGGAGCUACUGCUGCCCGCACCUUUGGGGGAAUUGAUGCCACGAAGGGCAAGGACGGCCAGAAGCAGAACUUCGUGGGCGCGUACUCGCCCGAUUCCAGACGGAAACGCAUCGAGAAGUUUUUGGACAAGCGGCAGAAGCGCGUAUGGCGGAAAGAGGUCAAGUACGACGUGCGCAAGAACUUUGCCGACUCGCGGCUGCGUGUCAAGGGCCGCUUCGUCAAGAAGGAGGACGAGCAGCUGCUGCGUGAGUUGCUCAGCUUUACGUAAUUGUGGAGCUACAGUACCGGUUUGGGUACCUACGGUGCACACCCAGGGAGGGAAAGGGUACUGCCAAAAUGAUGAGGUGGAGUUAGAAACUGGAGUGGAAAACAGGUCGGUUUGUUUCAGUCGGCACUCUUUUUCCUCUGCGGGUAUACCCAGAGGCACACGGGUUGGAGUUUCGACGACUGGGUUGAGGAGGAGGGACACGGAUUGAGUCGGUGAGACUGGUCUGUACGCAUUGCUGCGGUUGCAGCGGACUGGCUGGGUCCGUUGAAAUAGACGCGGUGAGCAAGGAGGGAAGAGGAGAGACAAUGAGCGAAAUCAACGGGGGACCUGGGGGG